AUGGUUGAGCCAAUUCUAGAACAAGCUUAUGGUUACUGCUAUAUACUUGUGCUAGCUGCCGGGUUUGCAGCACUGAUGAUCUUCAUCACAAGGAUUCUGUCGAGUCUACUCGACGAGAAACAGAACUCGGAACGAUUCACCACCUCUGGUCGCAACACCUCGUCCGGUCUGAUCGCAUCUGCCGUGGUAUCAUCAUGGACCUGGCCCGGCACGCUACUGACAUCAAGUGGGAUGGCGUAUUCGUAUGGUAUUUGUGGAGGUGCCUGGUAUGCAUUUGCGUUCACAAUCCAAAUUACCUUCUUUUCUGUGCUGGCGUUGGAAAUAAAACGGAAGGCUCCUGGUGCCCACACAAUUCUUGAGAUUGUCAAAGCCAGAUUUGGCAGGGUCGCUCACUGGGUGAUGCUCUUUUACGCUUUGGGUACCAAUGUUAUUAUUUCUGCGAUGCUGCUGCUGGGAGGUUGCCAGGCCAUUCAUGUCAUCACCGGCAUGCAUUUAGUCGCUGCUGCCAUGCUCUUGCCAAUUGGUGUGUUUGUGUUUACCGUCAUCGGUGGGCUUAAGAGUACCUUUAUUUCAGACUGGUUCCAUACCAUCAUCAUUUACCUUGUGAUCAUCAUCAGCAUCUUCAACACCUACACGAGAUCGGAAAAAAUUGGUUCUAUCGACAAGAUGUACGAUAUGCUCACCGAGGUUGCUAAAGAACAUCCAUCGGCAUGCUACAAGGGGUCUUACCUGACUUGGACCAACAAGACUGCCUUGCUGAACGGUUGGAACAUCGUCAUCGGCGGUUUCUCCACUGUGUUUUGCGACCCAUCUUACUCUCAAAAGGCGAUUGCUGCUAAGCCAAAGUCUAGUAUGUUUGGCUACUUUCUAGGUGGUCUAUGUUGGCUAGUUAUUCCAUUGGCUCUUUCCUUGGCUUCUUCCUUGGCAAACCUGGCUUUGGUCAACGACCCUGCAUCCCUGACUUAUCCAAAUUUGGUCCCAACCACCCUUGUCAAUGAGGGUAUUCCUAUGCUCUACGGGCUGUUUCUGACUUUGGGAAAGAGUGGAUGCGCUGCAGGUCUACUUAUGAUCUGGCUAGCGGCCACUUCUGCCACUUCUGCUGAACUGAUCGGUUUCUCUUCUGUUGUCACCUACGAUGUCUACCGGGCCUACAUUAAUCCAAGAGCUAGUGGUAAGCAGCUUGUCAGCGUCACCCACAUCUGUGUCACCCUCUUUGCGUUGGCUAUGGGUGGUUUGACAGUCGUGUUCAAUUAUAUUGGCAUCACCAUCAGUUGGAUUAUCAGUUUCAUUGGUGUCAUUCUGGGGCCUGGUGUAUUUGCUUUCACUUUGAGUCUCUUCUGGAGUAGAAUGACCAAGCUUUCUAUUGUUGUUGGUCCACCUUUGGCUUCAAUUGUCGCACUUAUUAGCUGGUGCGGUUCUGCCAAGGCCUUCUACGGCAGUGUCAACAAAGACACGCUUGGCCAACAAUAUUCAUGUGCGGUUGGUAACUUCAUCGGUCUUUUUGGCUCCCUGAUCUUCAUUGUCAUCAUUUCUUUAGUGAAACCUGACGAAACUCCUUACGACUUUGACAGUCUAGAUGAAAAUUUCGUUGCUGCCGAUGAUGCUACCGUCGAAGAAGCCACAGCUAUGAAAAUCACUGAUCCUAAAGAGAAACAAGAACUAAGAAAAUACUCCUUAUACUCCCAGAUCAUUGCAUGGUCACUAUUCUUUAUUUUGAUCUUUUUGAUACCAAUGCCAAUGUACGGUCAAAAUUACAUCUAUUCGAGGAGGUUCUUCCGUGGCUGGGUAAUUAUUGUCAUGAUUUGGCUUCUACUUGCCGCCACAAUUAUCAUUGUAUUGCCAGUUUACCAGAGCAGAGAAACACUACGCAAACUAUGGAACAUUUCCACUGGAAAGCAACAAAAGGAAGAAAAAGAGUUGCUAUCAGCUCAACCCUCCUGUGUUAUUGAAGGAAUUGAGAAGGUUAUCGAUGUCAGCAUUGAGACGGAUGCUAAAGCGCGCGACAUCUAA